UAAAAAAAAAAAAAUAUCCACUUAUAAAUUCCUAUAAAACCCCUUAAAUAUUGGUUGCAUUCUCCUCAACACCAAACUAACAAAAUAUCAAUAUAUUUUCUGUACAAAAGCAACUAGAAGAUGAGAUCACCCUCAAAACAUGUAACCAAAAGGGUUAGAGAUGCUGAAGCUGAGUUAAACUUGCCUCCCGGAUUCCGGUUUCACCCGACGGACGAGGAGCUCAUCGUUCAUUACCUUUGUCGUAAAUCCCAAUCAAGCGUUAGUGUCGCUCCACCAUCGUGGAUUAUCGUGGAUGUUGAUCUAUACAAACAUGAUCCCUGGCAGCUUCCUGAAAUGGCUUUGUUUGGAACAAAGGAAUGGUACUUUUUCACACCAAGAGACCGGAAAUACCCUAACGGGUCAAGACCAAACCGGGCCACAGGAAACGGGUACUGGAAAGCAACCGGGUCGGAUAAACCCAUUAAGAUAAAAUCCGACCCGAAUACAACAAUUGGGAUAAAAAAGGCCUUGGUUUUUUAUGCAGGUAAAGGGGUCAAAGGAAUCAAAACUAAUUGGAUCAUGCAUGAGUAUAGACUUGUUAUGCCAAAUCCUACCACAGUUUCCAGGCUCGACGAUUGGGUUCUCUGCCGUCUGUACAACAAGAAAAACAAUCCAAACGGUAGUCGGGCAACAAGUUGCACCUGA